AUGACCACGAUCACCGCAGGACCGGGCAGCAACCGCGGUUCAGGCUCGACAUCCGGCGCCGCCAUCCUCGCUGCCUUCAUCCCGGCGCUUAUCAUCGCCGUUGUAUACCUCGCCGUGUUCAUCGUCAUCCGCAAUGCCAACCGCAAGUUCUACGCCCCCCGCACGUACCUGGGGACAGUCCCGGAGAAGGAUCGAACUCCGCAAAGCAACACCGAGGGCGCCUCCUGGUUAUGGGACUACUGGUCCUUAUCCGACAUCUUUGUUCUUCAGCAUAACUCCUUGGACGCCUACCUGUUCCUGCGCUUCCUCAAGUUUGUCAUCGGUAUUUGCUUUGUGGGAUGUUGUAUGAUCUGGCCCGUCUUGCUUCCCAUCAACUAUACGGGCGGUGGAACGGCAAGACAACUGGAUCGCCUCACCUUCAGCAACAUCGACAAAAAUGACCGCAUCUGGGCGCAUCUCGUCGUGUCAAUGGGCUUCUUUCUGGUCAUCAUCGGCGCAAUUGCGUGGGAGAGACUUCGACUCAUUGGCAUCCGGCAGGCGUACCUGCUCGAUGAAUACCGUGCUGCACGCCUGUCUUCGAGGACUGUACUCUUUCUGAACGCUCCGUCCCGAGCAUGCCAAUCGGAGAAUCUGGAGGAGUAUUUCGGCUCGGAGGCAGAGCGAUCUUGGCCUGUGAUGGAUGUUGGAGACCUCGACGACUUGGUCGGAAAGCGCAAUGGUGCUGCAUACACGCUCGAAAAGGCACAGAUGGAUCUUAUCAUUGCCGGGGCGAAGCAUCAACAGCGUCAGGGAGGGUCGACGAGGAAUGGAAAUGCGACGAAUCUCGAAGCCGGACAAGCCUUGGUUCCCAACCACCGACGUCCCUCCAAGAGAAACCCGCCUCUCGUCGGCUCCAAGUUUGAUCCUGUCGAAAAGUCUCGAAAGAAGGUUGGAGAGCUGGCGGAAAGAAUUGAAGUCAUCCGCUCAGCACCCGGGCGGAACAUUCCCGAGAAUUCGGCCGUCUUCGUCAGCUUCUCUUCUCAAGCCGCUGCGCAUCGUGCCUUUCAGCAGAUCAGCUUCCUCCCCACUUUGCCGGUGCAGGAUCGAUUCUUGGCAGUGCAGCCCAAGGAAGUCUUGUGGAAGAACGUGGCGCUGCCCGUGCCAGUCCGGCUGUCCAAAGCUUCUCUGGCGCUCGUCUUCGUCGUUGCCUUUACCAUUCUCUUCUCCAUCCCCAUCGGCCUGAUCGGAACCUUCAGUAACGUCAAGGAACUCGCAAACCGCUACGAAUGGCUGUCCUGGGUGAAUAAUCUCCCGUCCUGGGUUCUCGGCCUACUCGUCGGCUUCGUGCCCCCAUAUCUUGUCAGUUGGUUUACCAGCUACGUCCCGAAACUCUUCCGACACAUUGCCAAGCUAUCCGGCGAGCCGACAAUCCCACAAGCAGAGCUGAAGACUCAGGCAUGGAACUUCACCUUCCAAGUCUUCCAGAUCUUCCUUGUCACCACUUUCGCAUCAGGCGCUGCAGCGGUGGUAGCCAAGAUUGCCCAAGACCCCCGGUCAGCACCAGAUCUGUUUGCCAGCAGCGUGCCAAAAGCCUCCAACUUCUACCUGACCUACUUCAUCCUGCAAGGCCUCGGAAGUGCCGCGCAGACCAUUGUGCGGUAUUCAGACCUUUUCGAAUACUACUUUUACGAAUUCUUCUGGGACAAGAGCCCGCGUGAGAAAUUCACGACGUACGCGCAGAUGAAAGGCACCCCAUGGGCGAGCUGGUACCCCAAAUUCACCAACUUCCUCGUCAUCGCCAUCGCGUACUCUUGCAUCGCGCCGCUGGUCCUCGGCUUCGCUACCGCGGGCAUCUUCCUCUUCUACCUCAGCUACCGCCACCAGCUCCUGUACGUCGUCCAAACGAAGAUUGACACGAAAGGAGAGGCCUACAAGCGCGCACUGCAACAAAUGCCCACAGGCCUGUACCUGGCUCAACUGAGUCUGAUCGGGCUCUUCGGCGCCAGGAAAGCCGCCGCACAAACAACACUCAUGGUCCUCUUCCUCAUCUUCACAGCAGGCGUGAACUUUGUUCUAGAUCGCAUGUUGCGACCCCUCGAGCUCUACCUCGGCGUAGACGUCUGGCAACAGCAGGAGCCGCUGCUAGCGGAAAUAGACGGCGUGUCGCAAGACGACGAAGCCGCUCUACACGCCGCUUCGCACGCGCGCCGUCUCGGCCUCAAACGCCUGCCAAGUCCUCUGCCACGCCUCCUAUCCGACUUCUUCGACUCCAUCAUCUCGUCCGCCCGCUCGCCCGCGGAGGCAUGGCUCGCCGCCUCAUCAUCAGCGCACGACGACGCAGAGAUCCAAGAAGACGAUCUAAAGAAAGCAUACCUGCAGCCAACGCUGACGUCCAAGACGCCCAAGCUGUGGAUUCCGCGCGACAGACACGGCAUCUCGCAGCAGGAGAUUGAACUUAAUGAGGCGGCGGGCAUCAAGACUACGGAUGACGGGGCGGAGAUUGAUGAGCACGGCGGCAUGCAUUGGGAUCAUCGGUUUGAGAAUGUGCCGAUUUGGAGUCCGCCGAAGGUGGUUUGA